CAACACUUCAAGAUUAUGCUUCGCUCUUUGUUUACCGUAUCUUGCGCUUUGAGUGUCCUGUGCUCUGUUAGAGCAGAUACUGCUUCUUUGCGAGCAACAUUCUCCAAGUUAGGAAUCGACGCUGUCUUUCCAGGAGAUCCAUCGUAUAAAAAAUUUGCUACACCUUUUAACAAGCGCCUGACAUAUAUGCCAGCUGCCGUUGUCUUCCCUAAUAACACAAAAGCUGUGUCCGAUUCCGUCAAAGCAGCUGUUGAAGCAAAAAUUCCAGUCUCGCCUCGCUCCGGUGGACAUUCGUACGCUGCAUAUGGCUUGGGAGGGACUGAUGGAGCCUUAGUUGUCGAUCUCUCGCGAAUCAAUAAGGUCUCUGUCAAUCAGUCAACAGGUCAAGCUGUUAUUGGAACCGGAAAUCGAUUAGGUGAUGUAGCUAUCAGAUUGCAUUCUCAAGGUGGCCGCGCAAUUCCCCAUGGUACGUGUCCGUACGUCGGUAUUGGGGGCCACGCGGCAUUCGGGGGUUUUGGUCCCACAAGUCGGAUGUGGGGUUUGACCUCGGACAAUAUCAUCAGCCAAGAAGUGGUACUCGCAAACGGUACCAUCAUUCAAGCAUCGCAAAGUACCAAUUCAGACCUCUUCUGGGCCUUGAGAGGUGCAGGAGCCUCGUACGGUGUCGUGACAUCAAUGAAGUUUCGAACCUAUGCCGCCCCUAGCCACCCUACCAAGUUUGACAUCCAAUGGGAUUUUGAUCCAAAUGGCUUUGCAAACGCGUUGAUCAAAUUUCAAACCUUUUGUCGGUCUAACCUACCGGCCGAACUUGGAGUGGAAGCCGAUUUAGGACGAGGGAGCCAGUCUGGACGUUUGAAUUUCGCUCUGUAUGGGGUCUGGUAUGGUGAUAGCUCAAAGUUCCCGGCUGUCAUUCAGCCCUUUUUGAAUGUGAUGCCAGCACCGAGAAAGAGGACCGUGAAGAAGAGCAAUUGGCUUACCAUCUUGCAAGGUCUAGCUGGUUCGCAAGCGCUUUCAACUUCCGGCGUGGACUUAUCAGCGGAGCAUGACACUUUCUAUGCCAAGUCUUUGACAACUCCACAAUCAGCCCCCAUGUCAAAUUCUUCUAUCCAAGCUUUCUCGAAAUACCUCUCGUCGGAAGGAUGGAAAACAGAUACAAAAUGGUUUGUCCAAUUCAUCCUUUAUGGCGGUCAGAACUCUGCUAUCACCGCCGUAGCAAAAGAUGCGACGGCGUUUGCACAACGUUCCAUAUUGUGGACUAUUCAAUUCUACGCCUCAUCCAGAAACUACGCGCCACCGUUCCCAAGUGCAGGAUUAACCUUCCUAGAUCAAAUGGUAUCAAAAAUUGUUAACAGCAACCCUUCUGGAUGGGCAUACGGCGCCUAUGCCAAUUACGUUGAUGAUCGGUUGUCUGCAACUCAGUGGAAGAAUCUCUAUUACAACACACAUUAUCAGCGAUUGACAAAAAUCAAGUCUGCUUACGACCCUCAAAACGUGUUUGCAUAUCCUCAAAGUAUAUCCAAAGCCAGCUCAAUUCAAAGAAAUAACAAGCGUUGGGUUUAACCUGAGGGAAGGGACUUCUUCCAAGUAUAAAAUUUUGUAGCAUUUUCAAAGCCCUUGUUUGACUAGUAGCAUUUUUCUCUUGGUCUGUAUUGUACCCGUGCUGGUUUCUCUGUAGAGUAGCAUCUUUUCCCUUCUAUAUAUCUGUAUACUGUAGGUUUGAUGCUGAAAAACUUUCAGUAUCAGUACUGCAUGAUGCAGUACUUUUGUUGUUUGCAAAUAUGUCUGAUUUUGAGUGCAUAUAAGACGCACAAAAUUCCU